CGAACUUUACCAUUUCCUUAUGGAGCAGGAGGAGCAAGAGUUGAGGAAGAAGAUCGAGGAGGCUGAGGAGGAGCUGAAGAAGGUCCGUGAAGAAUGCAGGAUGAAGAUGUCGAGGAAUCGAAUGUUCAAGUACAUGGCUGCUGGAAAGAUUACAGAGGAUUUAGGGAUUGAUGAGAUUCAAGGGCUGCACCAUGUCAUUGAUUUGGAUAUGAAGAAAGUCAAUGACAGGAUUCAGGAGCUAAAAAAGGCAAAAGUGACAGAAGAAGAAAAAGGGAAGAAACCACUUGAUGAUGGAAACCUCAAGAAGAUCUAGGAUGUCAUGCAAAUCAAGAAAUGAAUAAUCAGUUCAUUUAUGGUUUUGCUUAGGGUUUAGUUGUUGUUCUAAAUUCUAAUCCUUAUGUAAAAAUUAAAUUUAUGCUAUUAUCCUUUUUUCAGUUAUUAAUCUUGAUUUAUUUUUGUCUA